AUCAGAUUCUGAGGAGCGCCCGUGGAGUCCGCGUCGGGUCCGGGAUCCCAGCGAUGGCAGGUUCCUGUGGGGAGCAGGGUAGAGGCCGGCGCAUGCAGCCCCAUUGGGCCCCUCCGGCUGGGACUGAGCGGUGCAAGCUUCGCCUGUACAACAGCCUCACCCGGAACAAGGACGUGUUUAUACCUCAAGCUGGGAAAAAGGUGACGUGGUACUGCUGUGGGCCGACCGUGUAUGACGCAUCACACAUGGGACACGCCAGGUCCUACAUCUCUUUCGACAUCUUGAGAAGAGUGUUGAAGGACUACUUCCAUUAUGACGUCUUUUACUGCAUGAACAUCACGGACAUUGAUGAUAAGAUCAUCAAGAGGGCCCGGCAGAACCACUUGUUCGAGCGCUAUCGGGAGCAGAAGCCUGAGGCCGCCCAGCUGCUGGAGGAUGUUCACAGCGCCAUGAAGCCGUUCUCAGUAAAGCUAAGCGAAACCACCGAUCCUGACAAGAGGCAGAUGCUGGAGCGCACUCUGCAGGCCGCUACACUGGCCGCAGAGCCACUCGAGCAAGCGGUGCACUCCAGCCUGGCCGGAGAGGAAGUGGACCGCCGCACGGAGGUGUUGCUGGAAGAGGCAAAGGAUUUGCUUUCAGACUGGUUGGACUCUGCAGGCGGCAGUUCCGUGACUGACAAUUCUAUUUUCUCCAAGCUGCCCAAGUUCUGGGAAGGGGAGUUCCACAAAGACAUGGAGGCCCUGAAUGUUCUCCCUCCUGACGUCCUGACCCGAGUCAGUGAGUACGUGCCAGAAAUUGUGAACUUUGUCCAGAGGAUUGUGGACAAUGGUUAUGGGUAUGUCUCAAAUGGGUCUGUCUACUUUGACACGGUUAAGUUUGCAUCCAGUGAGAAACACUCCUACGGAAAGCUGGUGCCUGAAGCUGUUGGGGACCAGAGAGCUCUUCAGGAAGGGGAAGGAGACCUGAGCAUCUCUGCAGACCGCCUGGGCGAGAAGCGCUCUCCCAACGACUUUGCCCUGUGGAAGGCCUCCAAGCCCGGGGAGCCGUCCUGGCCAUGCCCCUGGGGACAGGGCCGUCCGGGAUGGCACAUCGAGUGCUCAGCCAUGGCCGGCACGCUCCUGGGCGCCUCGAUGGACAUUCAUGGAGGAGGGUUCGACCUCCGCUUCCCCCACCACGACAACGAGCUGGCCCAGUCAGAGGCCUACUUUGAAAACGACUGCUGGGUCAGGUAUUUCCUACAUACUGGCCACUUGACGAUUGCAGGCUGCAAGAUGUCAAAGUCACUAAAAAACUUCAUCACCAUUAAAGACGCCUUGAAGAAGCACUCGGCACGACAGUUGCGGCUGGCGUUCCUCAUGCACUCGUGGAAAGACACACUAGAUUAUUCGAGCAAUACCAUGGAGUCUGCGCUCCAGUAUGAGAAGUUCCUGAACGAGUUUUUCCUAAAUGUGAAAGAUGUGCUUCGCGCUCCUGUUGAUAUCACUGGCCAGUUUGAAAAGUGGGAAGAGGAGGAAGCGGAGCUGAAUAAGAUCUUCUACGACAAAAAGACAGCCGUCCAUGAGGCCCUCUGUGACAAUGUGGACACUCGCACCGUGCUGGAAGAGAUGCGCGCCUUGGUCAGUCAGUGCAACCUGUACAUGGCGGCCCGCAAGGCGGCCCGGAGGAGGCCCAACCGGGCUCUGCUGGGGAACAUCGCCCUGUACCUCACCCACAUGCUCAAGAUCUUUGGGGCUAUAGAAGAGGAAAGCUCCUUGGGCUUCCCUGUGGGCGAGUCUGGCACCCGUGUAAAUCUCGAGUCCACAGUCAUGCCCUACCUGCAGGUCUUGUCGGAAUUCAGAGAAGGUGUGCGAAAGAUUGCCCGGGAGAAAAAAGUCCCUGAGGUUCUGCAGCUCAGCGAUGCCCUGCGGGACCACGUUCUGCCUGAGCUUGGGGUGCGGUUUGAAGACCACGAAGGACUGCCAACGGUGGUGAAAUUGGUGGACAGAGACACCUUACUGAAAGAGAGGGAAGAAAAGAAAAGGGUUGAAGAGGAGAAGAGGAGGAAGAAGGAGGAGGCCGCCCGGAAAAAGCAGGAGCAAGAAGCGGCAAAGCUGAGUAAGAUGAAGAUUCCACCCAGUGAGCUGUUCCUGUCUGAACUCGACAAAUACUCCAAGUUCGAUGAAAGCGGUCUGCCCACACAUGACGUAGAAGGCAAGGAGCUGAGCAAGGGGCAGGCCAAGAAGCUGAAGAAGCUGCUGGAAACCCAGGAGAAGCUCCACAAAGAGUACCUGCAAAUGGUUCAGAAUGGGAGCCUGCAGUGAGGCCCCUGGCUGCCUGGACUGGCGCUGCUGGACUGACGGGCCUCUGCCUGGCGGCGGGGCCUGUGCUCCGCUCACGGCUCGUUGUCCUCAGACCUUUCUAAGAAUUGUGGUCAUGCAGGUGCGUGUCCGUGGUGGAUCUGAGACCUCAACA